GAAUCAUUUUGAAGGCACACACUCAAACUGUUGCAGCUGCCCGGAAAGCUAGUCAGACAACUGGCUAACCGUGGUCAGGGAAAUAACAACGAAUCGUUGACUAAGUUAGCUGAUGUAUUUACCAGUAGUUACUGUAGGCCUAACGUAAUUUACAAAAUUAACAGGAUCCCAGUUAGAGCAUUAGCUGCAAGAGGGGGGAGAUUUACAACUGGCAGAUUAGAGAUGGAAGGAGAUGACUGCAGUUUUCCUCCAGAUUCGGACGACCACUCACAAAGAGGAAGUGUUGCUUCCUCUGCAACACUUUCUCGUGCCCAAGAUGUCCUUAUAUACCUGUUUGGCGAGAGUGCAGUACACUUAUCAGUAGAAGGGCUUGGCAGUGUCAGUGUACAGGAGUUGGGCCGCAGUGUUCGUGAGGCUCUCAGCAUUCCUGAGUCCGCACAGGACGCUUUUGCCUUCUGGCUUUGUUCGCCACUGCUUGAUUUGCAGUUAAAGGCAAGGCAUCAACCAUACAAACUGUGUCGGCAGUGGCAGGACUUGCUGUAUCGCUUCACUGAGGCCUCAGAGGAAGACAUUUCACAAGAUGAACCAUAUCUCCAGUUCCGUCGGAACGUGUUUUAUCCUAAAUCUAAAGAGCUGCAGGUAGAAGAUGAGGCAGUGCUGAGGCUUCUGUAUGAGGAGGCCAGGAGCAACAUCCUCACAGGUCGAUACCCCUGUGAUCCUGAACACUGGGCAGGUCUUGGAGCCUUGUCGCUUGCUCUUGAUGAGGGAACUGGCCUUGAAAGUCAACAGUUUACUACUAUAAUAAGAGAAAAAAAGCUGUCCUCUUUUGUGCCUGCACAUGUCGUCAUGGGGAGCGGAGGAUUGUUCUCCACUCUGAGAGGGAAGUCGAGCCGUCAGGCAGCGCUGGAGCAGAACCUCUUGGAGGCGUACAGAAAGAUCAGCACAUCUGCUGGAAACUCUCCUGAGCCCACACAGCUCCUACACCAGUACCUCAACACGUGUCACGCUCUGCCUUAUUAUGGGUGCGCUUUCUUCCCCGGUGAGAUAGACAAACAGGCACAAGGAAUUCUGCAAAGGGGGAAACGCAAAGCUGUCAGUGUUGGGAUUUGUCUGGAGGGAGUUUAUGUGAUGGAUGUCAAAGAGAAGCAUGUGCUGCUUGGCCUGCGUUUUGAUGAGCUUUCCUGGGACCACAGCUACCCCGAGGAGGAGGGCGACUCACACAUUCUGUGGCUGGAAUUCGAUGGAGAGGAAGACGGUACUCCUGUCAACAAGCUGCUAAAGAUCUACUCAAAACAAGCAGAGCUAAUGAGCGGCUUCAUCGAGUUCUGUGUGGAGCUGAAGCCUGUGCCUGAGGGAGGGGCUGCUGCCGAAAAGGACGGUGAGGUGAGUGUCCCUCAGCAGGGGGGCAGCAACAAUGGCGGACGUGGAGGACGGCGCGGGAUGCUGCACAGGCAAAACAGUGUUGUGUGCAGCCGGGUCCAUACACUUAACACUAUCAGCUAUGUGGACAAUGGAAAAGAAAUCAAACGCUUGAAGCCCAAGAGAGCCGCGUCCUUCUUCACCCGACAGGUGUCUGCACCCACGUACUCUGCUGUGCAAGUGACAGAGAGCCUGGAGCAGGGUUAAACUGCCUGAACAGCUGCGUCCCAUGCCUCUUUAAAGACCAAAUCUGAACAUUUUACACUGAGAAAAGACUUGAUUCAAACUUAAGACGUUUAACUGAUAAUAUAUGAACAUGCAAAGGACCAAGCGAGGGAUCUAAGUGUGAGUGACGAUAUUUAUCUUUUGAAGUUGUGUAUAAUAAGAGAGGACAGUAAUGUGAAAACAAAAUGGAAUAUAUAACAGAGGUGCUGCCAAGGUCAUACUGAAGUGGCUAUUCAUCUAAUGGCCAUUAAUUAAUAAGUCUGAGACAAGCCUUAGAGACCGGUGACUCCAGUCAAUGACUGUAUCAUGUCUCAUGACCCUUUUGACCUUUCUACAGCUACACUGCUAUAACUCAAAAAUGUUACACCUCAUUUGAGUAUAACCACUGCAUUACCUCUUUUUACUUUAACUCUUAUUGGGCUUCAAACAUCAAGUGCACCUCAGUAUAUCCCCAUGUGACAUUCAGCAUUAGCAUUUUGUAACUUUUUCACACUAUAAGAGUUACCACAAUCUCUUGACAGUCAGCAUGACAAAGACUUUUUGAGGGGACGAUCUAAAGGCGUGUUUCCACUAUUGUGCUUUCUCAAACUGCCAGUGCCUUGUUCUCGUCAAAGGGUGAAGACACUUAAGAAAAGUAGUGGUAGAGACGUGGUUGGUGUUGCUGACUGUAAAGCGUCCGUAUGGGAGCGCAUAGUCUAUGCUGCGGAAGUUUCUUGUGAGUACAUUCUUUUAAGUGUUGGACAUUGUUAAUAUUUGCUGAUAUUUGCAGAUGGUUAUCGUGGAAAGAAAGUGCAGGUGGCACAUCUCACUUUUUUACUAAUGAAAAUUAUAUCGAGUGAAUGUAGUCUAAACAUGUUAAUUAACAGAAUAAGACAGACAUUUAGAGCUUCCAGCUGUAGAAGCUAAAAUUAUACAUUCAUAGUACCAGGUCCUCAGUGGGGACAAUGAAAUGUCUUGCACUGAUAAAAGGAUUAAACUUUAGUCAAAAACCACCCAAACCCUGCAAUAAGUUACAAAAAAUAACCACAAAUGAGUCCAAUAGAAGCCGUCUUCCUCAGUAGUUCAGGUAUCAUACCAUGUUAACCUUCCACUGCAGGUGAUAUCCAUGCACUGGCCCUGGCUUGACUAUUACUUGCUCACUUGCGUUAUCAUAACAAAGUGAAAAUGAUGCAAUACUUUAUUUGUGCAACUUCUGACACGAGAAAGACUAAAAUAAUCCUUUUCAGUGCUUAUCAGCACUACUUUAACCUACUGACUCACUAACAACAAAUUCAAACUGCAGCCCACUUGUCUACAUUUUAUCCAGCCAUUUGAAACAAUUGUUUUCAUUGGAAACACGCUUACCUUUGAAAUUACUUAAAAGAAGAAGGAGAACACUAUGUCAACCAUUAAUAUAUACCUUUGUGAGGUUUUUAAUGGGUUGAUUUAGUUCAAACAUAGGACAGUUUCAUCAACCCUUAAAAGAACAUUAAAAAAAAAUCACCUAAUUCUAUAAUACAUGUGCAAAUGUGUGCUGCAUGCAUAUGGCACAGAACAACCGGCCAAGAGCUUUUGACUAUGCUGUUGAAGUACAGUCUAUACACCAAAGCUUAUCUAACAUGCUGCAGCACAGUAUGCUACCUAAACUCUGCAGAGACAUGGCAGGGUCCUCCACAUUUAACAAAACAAGCUCACCUCACUCAUGGCCAUGAAAGAAGGUAUACAUCUUUACAAUACUGCCUUCCACUUGAACGUGAUUUGAGGUGUGGUGGUAUUUUGUAUUACUCCUAAUUCUCCUGAGCAUGCAAACUGCAGAAUGUUUUUACUUUUUUAUGCUUUGACUUGUUAAAUGUCAGCCACAGUCUGUAACCUAACUGCAAGACCCCAAUAUAUUGUUGCUAACUUACACUAUGCAUGUCACAUUGUAGAACAGCCAUUCCGACAGCCUACACAUUGUGUGAUACUGCACUAUUAAUACUAAUACACUGUUUGUAAAUCUGCAGAUGUUUUUGUAUUGUUUGUUGGCUUUUACGAGAGAAUAUUUUUACUUUCAUUUUCAUGUACUAUUCAGUGUUUAUACACAAGGAUGAAGUGGGAAAAAAUAGGUCAAUUUAAGCAUAAUUUUCUCAAGCAGUCACUUUGCAGAAACAUUAAGUGCCUUUUUUGUUUGUACUGUUUUUGAGGAUUGGAAACCAGGAAUUGACAUUUUUUGUUAUUGCAAGGGUUCAGAAAAAGUGAAUUGUGUUUUGUAAUAUGUUUCCUGCAUUUUCAACUAGACCAUGCAUUUCACCUUUCCUAGCUGAUGUGAGUAUAUUAAUAUACUGGAUAACUACACUGGACUGCUGUUGAACAGUGUGUUUUGGUUCCUUCUGCCUUCAUAAACAUAUGUCUGAUAUGCUUUUUUUAAUAAACAGAUGCAAAGAAAGCCCAUUUCGCUGAAAAUA